GUUUAGUUCUUAUUUGAGCAACUAUAAAUUGGUCAUGAAUGUUAAUAAUUUAAGUCAAACUACGUUUUUUUCAAAUUAUUCAUUGUUAUAAUCUGAAUUUGAUACGAUGGAACAAAUUCCCUUAUUUAACAAAGAGAAGACACUGGUUUUAGUUGGACGAACUGGAAAUGGUAAAAGUGCAACUGGAAAUAGCAUAUUGGGAAGAAAUGUCUUUAAACUAAGAAAAAAAUCUUCUGGUGUGUCACAUAUUUGUGAAUUACAAAAAAAUAUCACAAAAGAUGGAUCAAUUAUUAAUGUUAUUAACACUCCAGGACUAUUUGAUGGAAGUGACUCUGUUGGAAAAGAAAUAAUUGAAUGUAUUGAUUUGGCUAAAGAUGGAUUUCACGCACUUCUUGUAGUAUUUUCUGUUAGAACUCGUUUUUCGGAAGAGGAAGAAGCUACUUUACGUGUUGUGCAAACUUUGUUUGGACACAAAAUUAUUGACUACAUGAUUAUAGUCUUCACCGGAGGAGAUGAGCUUGAAUAUAAUAAAGAGACAUUGGAUGAUUAUUUAGGUCAAGAAUGUCCACAACCUCUUAAGGAUAUUUUACUCCAAUGUGACAAUCGCAAAGUGCUUUUCAAUAACAAGACCAAGGAUGAAACAAAACAAAUACAACAAGUUCAACAACUUCUCAAUCUUGUAAACAUGGUUAUAUCGAAGAAUAAUGGAGAAUCAUAUACCAAUCAAACAUUUGUAAAAUCACAGGAAGGAUCACCAUUGAAACCAGAAACUGCUGAUCUUUUGGAAAAGUUAGAAGAAGAAAGAAUUGAAAGACUUAAGAUUGAAGAAAAAUUGAAGUCAGCACAAGCUAGAAUGAUGAAAUUUGAAAACUGAGAUAUAAUCUUGAGUAUCAAAAUUCAACAACUAAUGUCUAUUGGCAUUAUCUAAUUUUAGUAUUAUUUUAUAUUCACAAUUCA